CCCGUGUAAUGCGGCAUGUCCAAGACGCUGCGCAAGAAGCGGCACUGGCUGAGCAAGGUGCAGGAGUGCGUGGUGUCCUGGGGCGGCCCGGCGGGCCCGGACCCCGACCUGCUGCGCGGCGGCGCCGAGCGCGGCGAGUUCCCGUACCUGGCGGGCCGCCUGCCCGCGGGCGGCGAGGGCGCGCAGGGCCCCGUGCUGCUCUCGGGCAAGGCGCCGGCGCCGGGGGACGUGCUGCUGGAGGUGAACGGCACCCCCGUGAGCGGCCUCACUCACCGCGACACGCUGGCCGUGGUGCGGCACUUCAGGGAGCCCGUGCGCCUCAAGACCGUGCGCCCAGGAAAAGUCAUCAACAAAGACUUGCGCCACUACCUGAGCCUUCAGUUCCAGAAGGGCUCGAUAGACCACAAACUCCAGCAAGUGAUCAGAGACAAUCUCUACUUGAGAACCAUCCCUUGCACUACAAGGGCUCCCAGAGAUGGGGAGGUCCCUGGGGUAGACUAUAAUUUCAUUCCUGUUGAGCAGUUUAAAGCACUGGAAGAAAGUGGAGCCUUGCUAGAAAGUGGAACAUAUGAUGGUAAUUUUUACGGCACUCCAAAGCCUCCAGCAGAGCCCAGCCCCUUCCAGCCUGAUCCGGUGGACCAAGUUCUUUUUGACAAUGAUUUUGAUACUGAAUCGCAGAGGAAAAGAACCACUUCUGUCAGCAAAAUGCAAAGGAUGGAAAGUUCUCUCCCUGAAGAGGAGGAAGAGGAGGAAAAGGAGGCAGUGAAUGGCAGCGGAGGGAUAGAAAACAAAGAAAAACAUUCAGAUUCCCCUGACUGGAUGAAACCUGUUCCCAGCUACAACCAGACAAGCAGCAACAUGGACUUCAGAAAUUAUUUGUCGAGGGAUGAGACCCUGGAACCCCUUCCCAAGAACUGGGAGAUGGCCUACACAGACACUGGCAUGAUCUACUUCAUCGAUCACAACACCAAGACAACCACGUGGCUCGACCCCCGGCUCUGUAAGAAGGCCAAAGCCCCUGAAGAUUGUGAAGAUGGAGAACUUCCUUAUGGAUGGGAGAAAAUAGAAGACCCUCAGUAUGGAACAUACUAUGUCGAUCACAUUAACCAGAAAACUCAGUUUGAAAACCCAGUAUUGGAAGCCAAAAGGAAAAAGCAGCUAGGACAGGCUGAUGCUGGCCCUUCCAAAUCAGGAGCAGGGAAGUCUCUCUUCACUCGAGAUCCAUCCCAGCUCACAGGAGCACUUAUAAGGACAUCCCUGAAAAAAAGCACCAUGGGAUUUGGCUUCACAAUCAUCGGAGGGGACAGGCCUGAUGAGUUUCUCCAGGUGAAGAAUGUGUUAAAGGAUGGACCUGCUGCACAAGAUGGGAGAAUUGCUCCAGGUGAUGUCAUCGUGGACAUCAAUGGGAGCUGUGUGCUUGGCCAUACCCAUGCAGAUGUUGUGCAGAUGUUCCAGCUGGUUCCUGUCAAUCAGUAUGUGAACAUGACCCUGUGUCGGGGUUACCCCCUCCCUGACGACACCGAGGACCCCGUGGUGGAUAUCGUGACAGCCACACCCAUCAUCAACGGCCCUCCGGUGGCCAAGGGAGGAGAUGCUGCUGUGCCCAGCCAAGAUUUGAUAGCAGGGACAGUUGUGUUGGACCAGAAUGGGAAAAUGGGCCCCAUGUUGGUCAACGGGCGCCUGAACGGCCCCUCCGUGGACGCGGCGGAGCAGAGGGUCUCCUUGGCCUCCUCGGGGGGCUCCCAGCCAGAGCUGGUCACCAUCCCCCUGCUCAAAGGGCCCAAAGGGUUCGGGUUUGCCAUCGCAGACAGCCCCACGGGGCAGAAGGUGAAGAUGAUUUUGGACAGCCAGUGGUGCCAGGGCCUGCAGAAAGGCGACGUCAUCAAGGAGAUCUGCCACCAGAACGUGCAGAGCUUGACCCACCUGCAGGUGGUGGAGGUGCUCAAGCAGUUCCCAGUAGGGGCAGAGGUGCCACUGCUUAUCUUAAGAGGAGGUCCACCCUCACCUACUAAAACUGCCAAAGGGAAGGACAAGCAGGACAGUUCAGGGAGUUUGGAAGCUGUCAGUGAUCCCAUCCCACAGCCCAUGCCCUUCCCACCCUCUGCUGUGCGAUCAGGCUCUCCCAAACUGGACCCUUCUGAAGUCUACCUGAAGUCUAAGACUAUUUAUGAGGACAAACCUCCAAACACAAGAGAUUUGGAUGUUUUCCUGCGAAAACAAGAGUCAGGCUUUGGUUUCCGGGUGCUUGGAGGGGACGGGCCGGAUCAGCCUAUUUACAUCGGGGCCAUCAUCCCCCUGGGAGCAGCAGAGAAGGACGGGCGGCUGCGGGCGGCGGACGAGCUGAUGUGCAUCGACGGGGUCCCCGUGAAAGGGAAGUCCCACAAGCAGGUUCUGGAUUUGAUGACCAGUGCUGCACGGAAUGGGCAGGUCCUGCUCACUGUCAGGAGGAAGAUCUUCUUUGGAGGGGAAAAGCCAGCAGAGGAGGAGGAGGCCCAGCCUGUCCUGGCUCAGAAUGGCUCUCCCCGCCCCGGCCGGGGGGACUUUGCCAACCAGCCCUGCCCGGAGGUGUACGAUGUCCGUCUGCAGCGGAAGGAGAACGAAGGGUUUGGCUUUGUCAUCCUCACCUCCAAGAACAAACCUCCUCCUGGGGUGAUUCCCCACAAGAUCGGGCGGGUGAUCGACGGCAGCCCCGCUGACCAGUGUGGGAAGCUGAAGGUGGGCGACCGGAUCUCGGCGGUGAACGGCCAGUCCAUCGUGGAGCUCUCCCACGACAGCAUCGUGCAGCUCAUCAAGGAUGCUGGCAACGUGGUGACCCUCACUGUGGUGGCUGAGGAAGAGCACCGUGGGCCUCCCUCGGGGCCGAACUCGGCCCGGCAGAGCCCGGCCCCGCAGCACCGACCACUGGGACCGGCACAGAUCAACCCCCCCGGCGCCGACAGGGGAGCCACAGAAGGUGAAGCUGGAAAAGAAGUCUCCGGUGGUUACCGUCUGUCCUGGCCCGAGCACAAGCACGUGGCACAGUCGGAUGCUGCUCCAGGUGUUGGCCGUCAUUCCCAGAGUCCUGGCUGUUUCCCAGUGGAGCUGGAAAGGGGCCCUCGAGGGUUUGGGUUCAGCCUCCGAGGAGGGAAGGAAUAUAACAUGGGCUUGUUCAUCCUGCGCCUGGCUGAGGACGGGCCAGCGGUCAAGGACGGGAGAGUGCACGUUGGUGACCAAAUAGUGGAAAUUAAUGGAGAACCCACCCAAGGAAUCACUCACACACGAGCCAUUGAGCUGAUUCAGGCUGGAGGGAAUAAAGUUUUGCUGCUGCUGAGACCAGGGACUGGAUUGAUUCCAGAUCACAGUGAUUGGGAUAGUUACAAUCCAUCUUCGUCAAAUGUAAUAUAUGAAGAACAGUCACCAUUAUCUUCAUCUUCCCAUUCUGCUUCCCCAUCUGAAGUGUGUUAUUUACCAGUACCAGGAGAAGCUUUAACCAGAGUUCAGCUGUCUGAGGAACUGGAACAAGCAGAGAACACUGUGCCUGACAAGAUAAGCACUUUAACUGAAAACCAGAGUGAGAGGAAGCCUCAGUCUUCUCCCCAGAGAACAAAGAACAGAUGGGAAUGUCCCUCCAGCCCUGGGUUUGGAAUCACUAAAGGUAGUUUGGAAGCAGGGACCAGAAGAGACAGAUCUGCCAGUCCAGCAAAGCUGGGGGCUGCUGAGGGACACCCUCCCAGGGGAUUCCACAGCCCCAGGAAAGCGGAUCCUGAAAAGAACAAUCUCUCACAUCAACCUGGCAGAUCCAGAGGGAGUGAGAGUAAAACCACAGAAACAGGAACGAACAGUAGUGACAAAAAAGAGUAUUCCAGUGGAAAUCAAGGAAGGUCAGCCAGUCCCCACAGGCACCUCGGGAAGCCGGGAAGUGCAGAAAUGGUGGGAAGGAGCCAGGGCAGAACUGGUGGUGUGGAGCAGCUGAAAGGUGGGAUUGGUAAACCAGGAGUCAGCAGGAAAGACACGAAGCAGAAAACUGCAGGAAGGAUGGAAGGGUGGUCUGCAGAGAGACACUACCCAGCGUUUGAGGGGAACAACCUUCCCUUGAGGGACUGCAGGAGAAACGCCUCCGAGGACGAUUUAUUGACCAAGUCCAGCUCUGGAGAGCCAAGUUCCAGCAGGUUCAAAACCUCCAGCCUGUCCAACAUCCCACUGCUUUCCACGGAGAAGCAAAGGAGGGGGGAACCACAGGAGACUGUCACGCUGAGCAGGCACCACGGAGGGAGACACGUGGAGCUGCCCCAUGAAACCAAAGAUGGAACUUCCCACCCUGAGGGUUCUCCAGUGAGGAAAACGCCGAUAACUCCCGGGCCGUGGAGGGUCCCCACUAAGGGCACCCCAGCAGCAGGAGUGGCUGGAAAACGGCUGUGACUGACUGACACUGUUUUUUUUAGAACAUGUUUUAACCAGUUUUCCAAUAAGGGUCAUUUAAAGCAUUGGUUCUUUUCACACAGUUGUCUUUUUUUUUCUUUUUUUUUUUUUUUUU